AUGGGUCGCAUGGCUGGCCCUUUCCAUCACCUACCACUCUCAAACCUGAGGGUGUCUCCAAUAGGCGUCGUUCCUAAAUCUAGCGGGGGGUGGCGUUUAAUUACUCAUCUGUCAUAUCCACAUAACAAUAGCGUCAACGACUUUAUAGAUAAAGAACUUUCAUCCGUACACUACUCUUCAUUCGACAGAGCUAUCGAAAUGAUAAGUCAGCUCGGUAAAGGAGCUUUAUUGGGCAAAAUGGACAUAAAAAGCGCCUUUCGACUAUUACCAAUAAAACCAAAUGAUUUUUGCCUACUCGGCUUCAAAUUUGAAGGUAAAUACUACAUUGACAAAUGUUUACCAUUUGGUUGUUCUAUAGCAUGCGCUACAUUUGAGAAAUUUGCUUCAUUUUUGGAAUGGGCCGUCAGGUCACAGUUUGGUUUCGCGCAUGUUACGCAUUAUCUUGAUGACUUUUUGUUUGCUGGUUCAGCUAAUCCCGACGAUUGCUUACGACUCAUGAGACAAUUUGGCGAUUUAUGUAAAGCUUUGGGAAUUCCUCUUGCCAUCGAUAAAACUGUUGGCCCUGUCACAAAGUUAACCUAUCUGGGAUUGGAAAUUGACACAUGUCUGGGGCAAGUACGCAUUCCAAACGAUAAGCUAAUUAAGCUUAAGAUUUCGCUGACAGAAAUGACAAAUAAAUCUAAAGUCACUUUGAAGGAGAUGCAAUCUCUGGUAGGUCAAUUAAACUUUUGCACCAAAGCCGUGCGGUCUUCCCGCGCCUUCCAUCGGCGUUUCUAUGAUGCUAUGAUUGGUGUGCAAAGGCAACAUCAUUUUAUCCGCAUUACAAAAUCCAUUAAAGACGAUUUGCUCAUGUGGCUUAAUUUCUUGAAUCACUUCAAUGGCAUAUGCUAUUUAAAUGAUGUUGAUUGGUUAAGCAGUGAUAUUCUUCAAUUGUAUACAGACAGUGCUGGGGUGGACCAAAUUCCGGGAACUAGCCCCAAAGGCAGAUGUAAAACCAACCCCGAUUCCACCAGUAUUUCACUCACUGAUAUCAGGAGCGAAACCGUUAGAUUAAUAGACAUGGCCACCUCAGACAAUACUAAAGCGGCAUACAACAACGGCUACGAUUUAUUUUGUAAGUUCAGGUCCGAGUUCCACCCCCGUAACUCUGGAGGAAUUGACAAACUUUGUCGCUUUCCUUUCCGUCAAAGGUUACGCAGUUAG